AUGAUUUCUUUCUCUUUCUUACUGUUUUUGACAGAGGCAGAUCAGGCCUUUGUUACUUUGGCCACUACCGAUGCCUACUCUAUGGGUGCUCUGGUGGUGGGGAAGAGUUUGCGUCGGCAUGGAACACGUAAAAGACUGGUGGCGAUGGUCUCUCCAAAUGUGACCAGAGAGGCACGCCUGUCUCUGGAGGAGGUCUUUGAUGAGGUGAUUCUGGUCAACGUGCUGGACAGUCAGGAUAGAGCCCACCUCUCCUAUUUGGGUCGUCCUGAGCUGGGUGUGACGUUUACCAAGCUCCACUGCUGGACGCUCACUAAGUACAGCAAGUGUGUGUUUCUGGAUGCAGACACGCUCGUGCUGUGUAACGUGGAUGAGCUGUUUGACAGAGAAGAGCUAUCUGCUGCUCCAGACCAGGGCUGGCCUGACUGCUUCAACACUGGAGUGUUUGUGUUCAUACCGUCUCUGGAGACUCACGGCCAACUGCUACAGCAUGCAGCAAAGCAUGGCAGCUUUGAUGGGGGAGACCAGGGGCUUUUAAACUCCUUCUUUAGCGACUGGGCCUUAAAGGACAUAAGCAAACACUUACCCUUUGUGUACAACCUCAGUGUUAGCGCCUUGUACACGUACCUACCGGCCUUCUAUAAGUUUGGCCAUCAGGCCAAGAUUGUGCACUUCCUGGGUGGAACCAAGCCGUGGCAUUUUCGUUACAACCAACAGACCAAUCAGAUUUCUCCUGGGGAUCUAGACAGAAUUCUGGAACAAUAUGUGAACUUGUGGUGGAGGGAGUUUUACAGUCACACACAACAACAGGUUAUAAAGGCGGACAGCCAUCCAGACACUGGUCUCACACAACAUUCGUUCGUCUCUCGUCCCCGUCAGUCAGAGAAGAAGUCCGCACCAGCUCAGGCUGUCUCGACGCUACAGACCAGCUCGCCUCCAUUAGACACACAGGGGACUGUUGCUGAGACCCAAACUAAAGAGGAGGAGAGGUCUCUGGAACUCAGGCUCCUGACUCUGGAUGAAGUGAGUUCUGAGCAGCCCGAUUCAUCCGUGCAAACCAGUCCCUCUGAACAACCUGAAGAGAUGCAUACACAUCCUAAAGACGUGUCUGGACCUGAGGCUGAAUACUCGGCAUACGCAGACCUCCAUAAUCCAGCCCCGGGUCAGGGAGGCACCGGCAGAGAACCGGAGGCUGCUGGAGGAUCACCAACCCCAUCUGAAGAACCUGCCCCAGAGCCUACGCCAGUGGAGACAGAGGAGGAGAAACAGCAGCAUCGCAGAAUGUGGGAGGAAGGUCACGCUGACUACAUGGGCAAAGACGCCUUUGACAACAUCAAGAAAAAACUGGACCGAUUCUUGGAGUAG